CCCUUAGGGCGGCGCUCCAUGGCUCCGUCCCUCCCGCCUGCCUCCUUCCCUUCCCUUCCCUUCCCUGCCCGCCCAUUGCUUUCCUCUUCCGGAGCCGGGGCGCUGCGGGCCGGGCCGGGCUGUGCUCGGCGGAGGGGCGGCAGGUGAGCCAUGUCUUUCCAUUCGGGACGAGGAUGUCCCCGUGGUCAGGGGGGACCAGGAGCAAGAACUUCCACACAGACCUACCGCCCUCAGAACCUGCGGCAGAUCCACCCGCAGCAGCCCUCUGUACAAUACCAGUAUGACCAGCAGACUGCACCUCCAACCUCCUAUUCAAACCCUCCGGCCACAGGUUACAUGCCACCCAGGCCAGACUUUGUGCCGUAUCCUCCUCCAGUGCCCCCUUCCACGCAAAAUCCCAUCAGCCAGUGUCCCAUGAGGCCACCGUUUCCGAGCCAUCAGAUGAGGCAGAGCUUCCCGGUGCCUCCAUGCUUCCCUCCUGCUCCUCCACCAGUGCCAACCCCUAGCAAUGCCCCCGUGCCAGCAACUCCUACUGGGCAAAGCACGUUUCCAUACAUGAUGCCCCCUCCGGCAGUACCACAUCCUCCCCCACCGCCAGUCAUACCGCAGCAGGUCAGCUACCAGCCUGUGUAUUCCACAGGGUAUUCGCAGCAGUCAUUCCCACCACCCAACUUCAACAGCUACCAGCACAACUCUGGCUCUUUUCAGAGCAGCACAACCAACAGCAGUGGUGGCAGCACCCAUUUUCGGCACACGGGCCAGUACCAGGGAGAGAAGUCGCAAAGCGAUCGACGGUCUCCGGAGAGGAACAAGCACUACGAUGAGCACCGGCAUCGUGAGCACAGUCACAUCCACGGGGACAGGCAUCGGUCCAAUAACCACGGGGAUCGGCGGGAUCGAGGCCGGAGCCCUGACAGGAGGAGGCAGGAAAGCAGUCGGCACCGGACAGAUUAUGACAGAGGAAGGAUAUCACCUCAUCAUAGAAGUUACGAGCGUAGCAGGGAGCGGGAGAGGGAGAGGCAUAGGCACCGUGACAGCAGAAGAUCACCAUCACCAGACAGAUCAUACAAAAAAGAUUACAAGAGAACAGGAAGCUGCUCUCCAAGCAGAGAAAGGAAGAGACCCCGAUGGGAGGAGGACAGAGAAAGGUGGUCUGAAAGCCAGAGUGCCAGUAAAGAAAAAAGUUACACUAGUAUCAAAGACAAAGAGUCAGAGGAGAAUGCAUCUGAAAAGAAUGAAGAUGAAGAUGAUGAAUUGCUUAAGCCAGUCUGGGUUCGCUGUACCCAUUCUGAAAGCUACUAUUCAAAUGACCCUAUGGAUCAAGUGGGAGACUCAACUGUAGUAGGAACAAGCAAGCUCCGAGAUCUGUAUGAAAAGUUUGAAGAGGAGUUAGGAAAGCGACAGGCAAAGGCCAAAGCAGCCAGACCACCAUGGGAGCCACCAAAGACCAAACUGGAUGAAGAUUUGGAGAGCUCCAGUGACUCAGACUGUGACUCUGAGGAUGACAGCAGCUGCUCUAGCAGUUCGGAUUCGGAAGUUUUUGACGUCAUUGCCGAAAUUAAGCGUAAAAAAGCACACCCUGAUCGUCUCCAUGAAGAACUGUGGUACAAUGAUCCAGGACAGAUGAAUGAUGGACCACUAUGCAAAUGCAGUGCUAAAGCCCGAAGAACAGGGAUAAGGCAUGGCAUUUAUCCUGGUGAAGAGCCUAUUAAACCAUGUCGCCCCAUGACCAACAAUGCUGGAAGGCUAUACCACUACCGAAUUACAGUGUCACCUCCCACAAACUUCUUAACAGACAGACCUACUGUUAUUGAGUAUGAUGACCAUGAAUAUAUCUUUGAAGGGUUCUCCAUGUUUUCUCAUGCCCCACUAACAAAUAUUCCUCUAUGUAAAGUAAUCAGAUUUAACAUUGACUAUACCAUUCAUUUCAUUGAGGAGAUGAUGCCUGAGAAUUUUUGUGUGAAAGGUCUUGAGCUGUUCUCUUCUUAUCUAUUCAAAGAUAUUUUGGAGCUCUAUGACUGGAAUCUUAAAGGACCUUCACUUGAAGAUGAUGCUAUUUCCUGCCCCAGAUUUCAUUUCAUGCCGCGAUUUGUGAGGUUUCUUCCAGAUGGAGGGAAAGAAGUACUAUCAAUGCAUCAGAUUCUCCUCUACUUGUUACGGUGCAAUAAAGCUCUGGUGCCUGAGGAAGAGAUUGCCAACAUGCUUCAGUGGGAAGAGCUGGAAUGGCAGAAAUAUGCAGAAGAAUGCAAAGGGAUGAUCGUCACCAGCCCUGGCAUGAAACCCAGCUCAGUUCGUAUUGAUCAACUGGACCGCGAACAAUUCAAUCCUGAUGUAAUUACUUUCCCUAUUAUUGUCCACUUUGGGAUACGACCUGCUCAACUCAGUUAUGCUGGAGAUCCUCAAUACCAAAAGCUGUGGAAGAGUUACGUGAAGCUGCGUCACCUGCUGGCUAACAGUCCCAAAGUCAAACAGGCUGAUAAACAGAAAUUAUCACAGAGAGAGGAAGCACUGCAGAAAAUCCGGCAGAAGAACACGAUGAGGCGUGAAGUGACUGUUGAAUUGAGUAGCCAGGGAUUCUGGAAAACAGGGAUACGCUCCGACGUCUGCCAGCACGCAAUGAUGCUUCCUGUUCUCACCCACCAUAUUCGCUACCAUCAGUGUCUGAUGCAUUUGGACAAAUUGAUAGGCUACACUUUUCGAGAUAGGUGCUUGCUGCAGCUUGCCAUGACUCAUCCAAGCCAUCAUUUAAACUUUGGAAUGAAUCCAGACCAUGCCAGAAAUUCCUUAUCCAACUGUGGAAUUCGACAGCCAAAGUAUGGAGACAGAAAGGUUCACCAUAUGCAUAUGAGAAAAAAAGGGAUAAACACCUUGAUAAAUAUUAUGUCCCGUUUGGGACAGGAUGAUCCAGCUCCUUCCAGGAUUAACCACAACGAGCGUUUAGAAUUUCUGGGAGAUGCUGUGGUAGAAUUCUUAACAAGUGUCCACUUGUACUACCUGUUUCCCACUCUGGAGGAAGGAGGACUAGCUACAUACCGCACUGCCAUCGUUCAGAACCAACAUCUGGCCAUGCUGGCUAAGAAGCUGGAACUAGAUCGAUUCAUGCUUUAUGCACAUGGUCCAGACCUUUGCAGGGAAUCGGAUCUCCGCCACGCCAUGGCCAACUGCUUUGAAGCCCUGAUAGGAGCUGUUUAUCUAGAAGGGAGCCUAGAAGAGGCCAAACAAUUAUUUGGACGUUUGCUCUUCAAUGACAAGGACCUGCGGGAUGUAUGGCUUAAUUAUCCACUGCACCCACUCCAACUGCAGGAGUCUAAUACUGACAGGCAACUCAUUGAGACAUCUCCAGUUCUUCAAAAGCUUACGGAGUUUGAGGAGGCAAUUGGAGUCAUCUUUACUCACGUUCGGCUUCUAGCACGUGCAUUCACUCUGAGGACAGUAGGCUUUAACCAUCUGACUCUAGGCCACAAUCAGAGGAUGGAAUUCCUGGGUGACUCCAUAAUGCAGCUGGUAGCCACAGAGUAUUUAUUCAUACAUUUCCCUGAUCAUCAUGAAGGGCACUUAACGCUGUUGAGAAGUUCUUUGGUGAACAACAGGACACAGGCCAAAGUGGCAGAAGAGCUGGGAAUGCAAGAGUUUGCCAUCACUAAUGACAAGACGAAAAGACCUGUAGCUCUUCGAACUAAGACUUUGGCUGAUCUCUUGGAAUCCUUUAUUGCUGCCCUAUACAUUGAUAAAGAUUUGGAAUAUGUUCACACUUUCAUGAAUGUAUGCUUUUUUCCACGGCUAAAGGAGUUCAUUUUAAAUCAAGAUUGGAAUGACCCUAAAUCUCAGCUUCAGCAAUGCUGCUUGACUCUCAGGACUGAAGGAAAAGAACCAGACAUUCCUCUUUACAAGACUCUACAGACAGUGGGACCAUCUCAUGCCAGGACAUACACAGUAGCUGUUUAUUUCAAAGGGGAAAGAAUAGGAUGUGGUAAAGGUCCAAGUAUUCAGCAAGCAGAAAUGGGAGCUGCAAUGGAUGCACUUGAAAAAUAUAACUUUCCCCAGAUGGCCCAUCAGAAACGGUUCAUUGAACGGAAAUACAGACAAGAGUUGAAAGAAAUGAGGUGGGAAAGAGAGCAUCAAGAGAGAGAGCCAGAUGAGACCGAAGAAGCAAGGAAAUAAAAGGAGGGCACGGAAGCAGUGGCAUAUUUACUUACCUAAUAACUCUGACUGUGGCCUAUGGAGACCUAACCUAGUUUCUUGCAGAUGAUGAAUGAGGAGUGCCUGUUGAUAUCCAACAGGAAAACAUAACCUCUGCUUCGAAGUGUGUAUAUAGUGUUUUGUUAGUUUGGUUUUAACUGUCAAGUUUGUUUUUUUUUUUUCCGAUAAGAUUUGUUUUUAAGUUUUAAUUUUUAAGAAAAUUUGUGGGAUUGUUUUUAUUGUUUUUACUAUCUUGUAUGAAAUAAUAAAGUAUUAAUUUCAAAAGUCUGUAGGAGAAAAAGCAGUGUAACAAGUGACUACUAUGUCCCAGUGCUGUUGUGUCAGUUAUUAAGUGUGGAGGGGGAAAGUGUUAUGACAUACUAAUUCAGAGAACUGAAGUAUGUAUCUAACUCCAGCUUUGCUGCUGAACGUGCUUCCUGACUCCUAAACCACAGACAUAAACUUCUGGUCCUUUUACAUAGAUUGGUACAGUAACUUAAGCAAAGGAGAUACUCACUUUUGUUUUAAACAGUGGGACAUAUACUUUGAAAGUGAUAGAUGUGUGAAAGGUGUUUUUUAAGUCAACACUGUGAAACUUCAAGGGUGGUGGGGAACAUAGUACUUUUGAAGCAAGAGAAUGCCAAUGUAUAUUUUUUGUAGAGAAUUUAUGAAUGUAGAGAAUGUAUAUAAUAUUUCAUUCUCAUCUUACUGCUUUAUCAAGCUGGUGUGUACCUUCACUAACAUCUAUGAAGUGUACUUCAUAGAUAGUGUACAAGUUUAAGUCCAGGACAACCAGGUCUGCUGACCUCCUGGACAACUAAUGUAUGUAAUCCAGUUUCUUCACUUCUGGAGUCUCUGGCCUGUGUAAAACACUUCUACAAAAGCUGUGAAUGUUCCCAAAGAAUGAAAUAUCCUCCAAGUCUAUUGAUGCUUUGUCCAGCUGACUGUUGGCUUCAUUAUAAGUGUGUGUUUUUAUUUUUUAUUUGCCUGCUUCAAACCAUUCACUUCUGUUGUGCUGACUUGUGAGAUGGAUCAGUCCCUUAGUACCUGUUGUGUCGUUGAGUCAUCUUUGCAUCUUCCUUUUCUGAUGAGCAAAAAACAGUUGAAUCUGAACUCUGAAUUUUCUGCCUGCUUCAGCUCCUGUUUGGUGAGUCAUUUAUGCAUCUUUGCUAGUACGAAUAGCAGAUAUAUUUGAUAAGGUAGCCAGGCACAUUGAUGAGCAAGGAUGCAUGAAUCUGGCCCACAGGAUUUAAGCAGUGUUCCUUGGAGGGGGGAGGGAGGAGGAAAAAAAAAAAAACAAAAAACCUUUGCCCAAUGGCCAUGCUACUCUGAGCAGUGUUUACCAGCACUAGUUUCCAGUACUAAUUAUGUAGUUGUCUGGAGCACCCUUCUGUAGGUGUGUGAUGGAGAUCACUAAAAGCACUUUAUUGCAGGUGCCAAAGUAGACUCAAGCGUAGCUGAAAAGAUCAGACUACACCUGUCUUCCCAAAGUUUCACUUCUGAGCUAAUCAGUGUGUAUUUGCAUAAGCACAAUUUUUGUAUACAUGCAACGUGAAGCGUGCUUAAAUGUGUUUUUUAAAACUUGACCCCACAGCACUACCUCACUUCUUCCAGUUUGUAUGAUUACCUUUUCUUAAUGGAUUGAUGUUUUGAAUCCAUUUCAGAGUAUCAGAGGAAAACGUUCAGUAAUUUAGAGAGUGAUAAUAAACCAUUAAAACAUAAAGAAAGGAUAAAAACAAUGAGAUAAAGGCAAGAAGCUACUCUCUGCUGGAUGCUGCUCUUCUUUGACUUUUGAGAAGUGAUUGCAGCUCCUUACAACUUCCCUCUGUAAAUAAAAAGCUGAAACAUCUCUGAACAGCAGAAGACUUAAAAAGCAAGAAGCAUCAAUUCCCCUGACCCUAAGUCUUUUGUAUUUCAACUUCUUUUGCAGCAUUGCCCCUCUGCUUCUACUAAUAAGUUGAAGUGGUGCAGUGGUAGAGGGUCACAGGUAAUUGCUUACAUCAUUAUUUUUCUCUUAAAGGUGACCAGAUUCUGUGUUUAACAAAUAGAAGGUGCACUAACUGCAUAUUCAUGGGUGUGAAUUUGCUUUGUAAAAACCUCUCCUCAUGUCUUGUGUCUCCAGUGUACCCCACGGAAGUGUUGGCUCAUACUUACACAUCACUUUUAUUUCUCCUAUACAUCAUACCACUUUUCAUGUGUAAGACUGAGCUUAUUCAUAAACAUUUGCAUAAAAAUAGGUUGUUGAUUUCAUCAGCUAUGCUGUUUGGGAGGUGGAACCUGGAACUGUUCUCUUUUUGUCUUUGACACAGAAACUGCUUGAAAACAAACAUAACCAAUUUCUGCAUUCUGUUACUAUAGUCAAUGAAUUCUAGGUCUCCUAUAGUAAAAUGUAGAAGAUGAUCGUUUUUCACGAGUGAGCUGCCCUCCUAUCUAUAUUAACACAUAUUUUUAGGUGCUAAUGCAAGAUCCAAUGACUUGUUUUGUAUAUCAGAAGAACGGGAUUGAGUUUUGCAUGGAUCCAGCAGGUACUGUUAAAGCAUUUUCGUUUUUUUAACAUGUGUAAUGUACAGAGGAUUGAAUAAUAAUGCAAAAUACAGCUCAUUUGAAUGGGGAUAUUAAUUGAACUUACCUGAAAUUCAUCACUAUUUGUGGAGCUUAAGCUCGCUUUGUAAGGCUUCAGGAAGAUUAUUCAACGGUGAUAAUAAAAGAGCCUUGGUUUCUAAGACUGGUGUAAACAUUGUUGCUAAUAAAAUUUUCCAGAAGAGA